CUGGAAGGUCGGUGGCCACGUUUCAUUAUUUCCACAUCUUUACUACAAAUCUUUUGAGAGUAUGAAUAAUUGCUUUUGCUGGAACAUUCAUAAAACUAUCAGUAAUCAGUAACCUCAUGAUACCAUCUGAUGACGUGAUAAAACAGGUACUGCUGAUAAGUGCUAACAAUAUACAAUCCAUUACCUAUAUCUUUGCAAUUUUCUCCAUACAAACAAGCCGGGACUAAUUUUCUUUAGAUAAGCAUUUAAUUAGAAAGUUUGAAUUUGUGUUUCCUAACCUAUUUAGUGUUCGUUUUCACAUUCAAUUACCUUAGCAAUUAAACCAGAACGCAGUAUCUGAAAAAAUGAUAGUUUCAGUUAAAUUUAACCAAAAUUUCCUAAAGCAAAUAUGGUGUUCAUACUCAUAAAGCAACAGUUUGGUAACGUUCGCUGUUGUGCACGGUAUUACGGUGCAGCCUCUGUAAAUUUGGUUACUAUUUGAAAGUUUGAAAAUUGAAAGAAAAUAUACUAGUAGGACUGCUAGCCAUUAUCUUCUUAGUUUGAUUGCAAUUGGUCGCCAAUAUUACCUGGGAGAUAAGCGAUAUCAGGCCUACUGCUAGUGAUUAUUGGUAUAUCACUCUCUUAAAAUAAGAUCUAAAAAUUAGGAGGCAAAAUCCUAGAGAUGAACAUUUUUUCCCUGUUUCUACUAUUCUCUGCAUCUGUUUAUGCUAAUCAGAUCAAGGAACUACCCAAUUUUUACAAGACCUGUAAGCAGCGUGACCCCGGUGUAACAAAAUGCAUGCUAGGCAAUAUCAUGAAGAUUCGUCAGGUUUUAAUCAAAGACAGUCAGGCGCUUGGUAUAUCUUCAGUGGAACCAUUGAAGGUUGCGAAAUUUUCGGUGCCAAAAUCUGUAUUUGGAGUUGCCUUGAAUUUUACUAACAUAAAGGUUCAAGGACUCACGAAAUUUAGAGUACGUGAGCUCGGAUAUAAUCCUGAAUUAAAUGUCAUUAGUAUUCGUUUGUCUUUUGCUAGAAUCAAAGCGGAAGGACAUUAUUCCGCAAAUGGAGACUUUGGUGGUAUUCGCAUUAAUUCGAAAGGCAAAUUCCACGCAUUACUAAAAAAUCUGUCUGCACACAUCACCUUGAGACUGGGCUUAGUAAAAAAGAAUGGAAAUCAAACAUGGCGGAUAAAGCAAGCGGGAAUUAAGAUUAAAGUCAAAAGUGUAACGCUCAAUGUACAAAAUUUCGAUAAACUCAAUGAAUACAUGAAAAACCACUUCGAAGUGUUGAACGCAUUGCUCAUGCCAAGGAUCGAGAAGGCACUAGAACAUGGACUUACUCAGUGGGGCACUGACAUCCUUUCGCAAUAUAAAGCGAAAGAUAUCCUUGCAUAAUGAAAGGCAAGUGAAAUGAAUUUGUCACUAAUGUUGUGUUUCUCAAGUAAAUUAGUGGAAUAGA